AUGUCUCGAAACAUUCACCAAAAAUAUCCCUCUGCGCCUCGCAUCAAGCUCGUCAACAAGAAGAAGCCGCGCAGGCCCUCCGUCACCUCGAGCGAGUCGUCUCUCAACCUCUCCGACGACGAAGGUUACUCCGGCGUCGAGGACGUCAGCGAAUCUGACAAUGAACUCGACGAGGACGAUGUGGUUGCGGCCGAGGAGGAGCAUCUGAUCACCAAUAUGGCUAGGAAUCGCCUGUUGAAAACCCCUCGGCCGCUCGACGAAGAGAAUGACGCUGAUGAAGAAGACGAAGACGAGGAGGAUGAGCUCGACGAAGAAGCCAUUGACGACGAAGAUGCCAAUGAUGACGAGGACGACGAUGACGACAGUGUUAGUUGGCAGGGCUUGUCACCACCAAAAGAGUUUGAGGAUGCCAUGUGGCCCGAGUCUGAACUGCCGGAUGUCACGCCGGUUAAGCGCCAUGUUCGGUUUGCCGGUAUCGACAGCGACAGUGACAACACAGAAUCCGACCUGUCCGAAUCUGAUGAUGGCAAGCAAUUCUUUCCCGAUAUCUUUGUCGACCAGAACGCUCUUGAUCCCCGGUUCCGCCGCGAGAUUGAGAAUGAUGAUGGCUCCGACACCGAUGGCUCGUACUGGGACUUCAAUGGCUCCACCCAAGACGUAUUUGUCGAGACAUCGGAUGUCGAAUUCGACAAUGGAGGUCUCCACGGUACCCCAAUGCCAACGCCAAGGGUCAUCCCUCCACUGAAUAUUCUACCCACUCCGCUGACAACAUUUUCCACCGAGUCACCGGAGCUUGACGGUUAUGAGACUGAUGGCGACACAACAGAAGAGGACAUCCCAGAGCCGGUUGUGCGCAAGAAGCAGGUUCGGCGACCAGUGUCUGUGGAAACUUCGGACUCUGAGACACCAAGACCUAACCGCCACGUACGAGGAAAGCCUCGUCUUGCGCGCUUCGACUUGGACGGUGACAGCGAUAAGCCGGUCGGCGUGAUCAAUCCAAAAACUGGCAAGAUGAUGAUUUUCACGCGUCAAAAGGCUGAUCGUCUCGAGUUGGCUCCAGAGUCGUAUGACCUGAAUUUUGCUCAGGAUGAUUUGUCGGCUUGCUCUCCCAUGAUGGCCAACUCGGCCUUGAUCAUGCUGGGUGUCAUGGACGCUAAUACUUUGGGUGACUAUUUCGCUACACAGCCCUUUGGGCCCAGUGAGGCCUUCUUCCCCUGUUCUGAUGCAUUCACUGGAGAAGAGACAGAUGAAUCCGAGUACUACCCAGCCCUGGAAGAUGAGGGUGAGGAUGCUCUCAGGAUUGAGGAUUUCAUCGAGUUUAGGGAGGACAACGAAUCGGACCAGGAAAACGAAGACGAAGACAACGCCGGAGACUGGAGCAAUGAUCCCAAUUCAAGCCCUACACGGCCCAAGACCUCGGCCAGCAUGUCCACCACAAACACAGACUAUUAUGUCAAGGACGUCCACCCUUUGCUCACCCACUUCGAGAUGAACUCCAACGCCGUGGGCGCUUUCCGUCGUAAUCAGGUAAAUCAGCAACUCAUCAACAGUGAGGUCGCGACCCAGGAGUCACUCGCUUUCUCCGGACCUUACCACAUUGGAACUCUCCGAGGCAUCAAGUCCGGCAGCAUGGAGACGGUAACAACCCCCAUCACACCGGUGCGCAGGCAAAAGAGAAACAGCAUGGUAGGCCUUGAUGGACCUCUUGAUUAUUCCCCAGGAUCUCCGCUCAACCAUGUAUCACAGAAGAGAAAGGCCCCCGAUACCGUCGCGGAUGACAACCUCCACAAACGCCACCGGAGCAUUUCGGACAUGGAAAUUUUGCAGUUGUAA